GGCCAACGCACAUGGGAUUCAUCGACGACCUCUUCCGCACCAAGCCCAUCGAAGUCAUCGAGGCCGAAGAGCGCAAGGAAGAGCUGCCGCGUGAGCUCGGACUUCGUGAUCUCAUCCUCAUUGGUAUCGGCGGUACCGUCGGCACCGGUGUCUUUGCGACGACCGGCGAUAUCAUUAGCGGCGCGGCUGGCGCGGCUGCGUUCGUCUCGUGGCUCAUUGCCGGCUUUUCGUGCAUUCUUAGUGGCUUUGCCUACAUGGAGAUGAGCUCGCUCAUCCCGUCGUCCGGUUCGACGUACGCGUACUCGUACCACGUGCUUGGUGAGCUUCCGGCUGCGAUUGCGGCGUGGCUCUUGACGCUCGAGUAUGGCAUGUCGGGCGCCGGUGUCGCUCGCUCGUGGGGUACCAAAGUCCAGGAGUGGGCCAAGGAAGGUCUCCCGGAAGGCUCGACCAAGGUCGACUGGCUCAACAUGGAGUACUACUCGUUCCUUGCGUGCCUCAUCUUUGCGCUCUCGGUCGGCGUCCUCCUCGGCGGCAUGAAAUUUGGCAAGAUCUUCAUCAACGCAUUCACCGGCACCAAGGUCGUCAUCGUGCUCUUCGUCAUCAUUGCCGGCUUUGCGAUGACGGACACGGUCAACUUUACGCCGUUUGUGCCCGACUUUGUCCCAGCACACGAUGACGAGCCAGCGCGCUUUGGUGUCCAAGGUAUCAUGCUCGGUGCGUCGCAGGCCUUCUUUGGCUACGUCGGUUUCGAUGAGGUCUGCUGUCUCGCCGCCGAGGCCAAGGACCCGCGCCGCGUCAUGCCCCGCGCUGUCAUUGGCACAGUCCUUGGCACGAUGAUCCUCUCUGCGUUUGCAUCGCUUGCGCUCUCGGCCAUGAUGCCGUACGACGCGGCGACGCCGUUUGGCUUCAACUUUUCGGCCGGCUUCCGCUACGUCGGCCUCGAUUGGGCAGCCACGAUCGUGCACAUUGGCGAGACGGGCACGAUGCCGAUUGUGGUUCUGAUCGCGUUCCUUGCGCAGCCCCGUUUGAUGUACGCCAUGUCGGUUGACGGUCUCUUGCCCAAGAUUUUUGGCAAGGUCGAGAAGAACGGCAACCUUUUCUGGAGCACGUUCCUCUGCGGCAGCUUCUUCUGCCUUGUUGCGCUCUUUGUGCCGUUCUCGUACCUCUGGAACCUGGUGUCGUUUGGCAUUUUGAUGUCGUUCAACAUGACCAACUCGGCGCUCAUUUUGAACCGGACGCGCGACUCGUCGGCGCACAUUGUGUACAAGCUCACGGGCGCGCUCGUCGCGACGUCGUGCCUCUCCAUGUUCCUCUUUGAAAAGGGGUAUGUGGAGGCCACCGACUCGGCGACCGGGUACCUCGUCGCGUCCAUGAUCUUGCUUGCACUUGUGUUUGCGCUGGCGAUCAUCAUCUUUGUCAAGUGCCCGCAGAACGUCGGCCCCCGCGAGUGCUACCGCGCGCCGCUUGUGCCGUUUGUGCCUGCGCUUGCGAUCACGAUCAACUGGUUCCUCAUCGCGCAGCUUCCGGCGCGCGACAUUGGUUAUGGCUUUAUCUGGAUCGGCGUCGCGAUUGUCUUUUACUUUGCCUACGGCUUCCGCAACAGCGCGGGCAAGGACGGCUGGGCCACGAUGCUCAACGACGGCUACAUUGGCCACAACGCCGUGCGCCCGUCCAUGAGCUCGAUGAUGGCUGACCAGAAGGAGUCGAUUCUGAGCGCCAAAAUGGGCCUCCAGGCCAACGAGCAUUAAAGCGUAUUGUACAUUGUAGACGAAUCAUUUUUAAAAAUUCACGUGUCGUUCAACUACUUUUGG